GAGUGGCCGUGGGAGAUGUCGAUCCCCUGCAGGGUGCUCAUGGAGGACCCGCACUUCGAGAACCACGCACAGGACUUCUGCUCGCUACUCUUCACCGAGAGCGUGGUGCCGUGGCGGAACCUGCUGAGCAUGCGGCUGGUGCUGCAACAGCCGUCCCCCUGCUGGCCACACCACACCGUUCGUGACGUCACCGUCUACUCGGAGCCGCCUCCCAUCACCCUCCGGUCAGCAGCGCGGCGGCUGUUCGUCUCAGAUUGUGACAUGCAGGAGCAAAAUGAAGCCUGGAAGACCGUCCAGCUAAACACGAUCAACAGCAUGACGCCCUCUGUGUACAGGCCACGCACUGCACCAGGAUCACAGGUGCUGCCUGACUACGAGAUAGAAACGUUAUGAGUUCAACAUUCAGAGUAACCACUACUGAAUGUGGUCGGCAUUAAAUGUGAUGUGGAAACGUAUCGUUCUG